AUGCUCUCCCCGCGCCAUGCUGAUAUCCCGGAUAGUGGCCCCGGCGUUGAACACCACUGGGGAUACCUUAAUCGUCAACUCCCCUGUACCAGUGGUGUGGAAAAGUGUGCAUAUUUAGAUACGGUCUAUCAUAGUCAUGAUUUGUCGGUGCUCUAUAGCGCUAUUUUCUGGGCGACCAUUCUUGGAAUUAUAUUGCUUUGCUUCAUCGGCCACUACUGCAAUCCCAUCUCACGGAAGUCCACGUCCUCGUGCGUUCAGAAAGAGGGCGAAAUUGAACAUAGAUCACAGAGCUCAUUUUAUCGCAUGAGAAGAUCACUGGGUUCGAUAUACCACCGCUAUUUUGUCCAAGAAUCUUUGACCUUUAUAUUCGGCCGCACCACUCGUUUCAAUAUCCUCAUCCUCGCCAUUCUAGCCGGUUAUCUCGUCAUCUUUAGCUUUGUCGGAAUCGUCUACAAAACAUGGUACAUCCCCGUCAAGGGGACUAAUUUGACUUCAACUCCCAACGGAAUUGGUCCGUGGGCUGAUCGAAUUGGAGUUCUCGCAUAUGCCUUAACGCCUCUCGCCGUGCUUCUGUGUACUAGGGAAUCCCUCCUUUCCCUCUGUACGGGAAUACCGUACCAUCACUUCAACUUCCUUCAUCGCUGGCUGGGCUGGAUUAUUUACCUUCAAUCUGCUCUUCACACCUUUGGCUGGACCCUCAUGGAGGGGAGGAUGUACAAACCACAACCCUCAACAUGGAACGCUUUUAUAGCUCAGGAAUACAUAAUCUGGGGCGUCGUGGCCAUGAUAUUCCUGUCAUUCCUAGUCUUCUUCAGCACCAAAUGGGCCAUCCGACUCACUGGAUACGAGUUCUUCCGCAAGGCACAUUAUGUUGUCGCCAUGCUUUACGUGGGUGCUUGCUGGGGACACUGGAAGCAGCUUUCAUGCUGGAUGAUCGCUUCUCUGGUCGUGUGGUUACUUGAUAGAGGCAUCCGGCUCUUGCGCACUUUCCUUACGCACUUCGGCCCGCACGCUUCAGAAACUUACUCCUUCUGGGGUCUGCACAUUCCCAAAGCUCGCAUGACCUCCUUUCCGAACGAUGAAGACGGAGACGUCGUCCGUCUGGAUUUCGAGCAUGACCAUAGUCCUUGGGAAAUCGGUCAACAUUUUUACCUGUGUUUCCCCGGCCUUAGUAUCUGGCAAUCGCACCCCAUGACACCGUCCUCUGUCCCUGGCGGGUCGAAGCAGUCGCAUACUUACAUCAUCCGCGCGAAGAACGGCUUAACCAAGGAUUUGGCUCACAUGGCCCGUCAACCCCAGGAAUCAAAUUCAGAAGAACCACCAAGUACAUCCAUCGUUCUUUCUGGACCAUACGGGCAAACCAUCGUCGACAACGAUCUACACUGCUCGGACGACAUCAACCUCUUCUGUGUCGCAGGCGGCACAGGAGUGACAUUCGUCCUUCCCAUCUUACAAGCCAUAGUCUUGAACCGAUACUUCUCCACCCGGAGAAGUCUAGUAGAACUCAUCUGGAUCGUCCGCCGCAAGUCAGACAUGCGAUGGCUCAGCGACGAAUUGGAAAUAUUUCGUACCGCCGCACAAGCAUGCACCCACUUCCGGAUCCGGGUAUACGUUACCCGCGAAGACGACCGAGCCAAUGUUCGAAACUCCUUCACACCACAAUAUAUCACCGAUUCUGAAAUCAAGAGACCUGUGUCUACUGUUUCUCACGAAACGCAUCUGUCGGAUAGUCCAUUCUCUGUGCAUUGCUUGCGUCCCGGCAAUUCCGAUACCUCGGUACACCCAGAUGUGCCGGCGGAUUUGACUGAUUUCGUUCAACGCACUGUUCACGGUCCAACAAGGGUUAUUGCCAGUGGGCCGACGGGGUUGAUCUCCUCGCUUCGCACGACUGUGGCCUCACUUAAUGAUCCGGGUCAGGUGUGGAAGGGUAAUGAGAGAUAUGAUGUGGAGUUGAUUCAUGAUGAUCGGUUGGAGUAUUGA